CUCAAGUCAGUCAUUCUCUCACUUAGCUCAAUAGAAAAAAAAAGAUGGAGAGAGAGGGAAGAAGAGAAGAUGGAGUUUCUUAUUAUCUCUGGAUCCCUUUUAAGUUCAUUCACCAAACUCUCCGAUCUCUCGUACUCAAGCUUUUCGGUCGUUCUCCUUCUCACCAUACAGCUUGUCUGGAGGAGGAAGAAGUUGAAAUUGUGCAAGUGACGUCGAGGGGACUUCCGAGGAAACCACCAAAGAAGCUGCAGCAGAAGCCGAGAGACAGUUCCGGCAAGCCGGGAAGGAUCAACAAGAAGCCUCGCUAAGUAUAAUAAUUUACGGAUAAAUUAUUUACAUUUUCUUCUAAUAAGUGUAAGGAUAUGUUUUAGUGGUAAUUCUUGAAGAUUGUAAGUUCUCCAGAGUCCUAUUUAUUUCAUAAAACAUAAUAAAUAAAUAAAUAAAUAAAACAAUGUGAAUAAACAAAUUGCAUCUAUAAUCUGUUAGGCUCAUUGCCUUGAUGAAGAGGAGAUUGAAAUCCUCACGGCAUCGCACAACCACUAGAGUAGUCUAACCGAUAUUGACCGGGUCUGAGUCACACUCCCAUGCCAUAUUAUUGUCGAUUUGCAUCAAUAUCAUCUCGAUCGUUUAGCAGUGUCCGGUUCAACCAAAGGCAUGUAAUUAGUCCUUAAUAUAGAGGCCCAUUAAAAAGCCUGUUAACAAGAGAAUAACACUGGGCUUCAAUAUUCAGUUUCACAAACCGGCGCCUUUUUUUUUUUAAUUCGGGGAAGAAAAAUCAAAAACCCUAUUUCCUCUGCGUUGUUUCGAAGCUGAAACAGACAAAUAAAUAAAUAAAUAAAUUAAAAAAU